AUGAAUUACAUCAAAUACCUGAUGCAGUAAAAAGUUAGAAACAAUGGCGAAAGGUAUUAUACGUAUAUUGAUAGACAACUGAAAUUCUUUGAACACAAGAAAAAAUUAUAUACUUUGGAUAAUUUGAGCCUAUUUUAUCUGCAUUAUAGACUUGGCAAGAUAUAUGAAGUUUCACUAAAGCCAAAAAUACUUUGAUUAAGAAGCAUGCAAAACAAACUGUUGGCCUACAAAUUAAGUUUUAACAGAAAUGGAUUAAAAUGUCCUAUCACUUAUAGGUUCCACAAUCGUGGAAGAACAUAAGACAAUGCAGGAAUUUAACGUGCAAUUUAAGUGCCUAAAUAAUUUAAAUGUAUGUAACGUAAAUAAUGGAGAUGAAGAAAAAUUUUUCAUAAUAUGCAAUAAUCAAGAGAUAACCCAAGAGUCACGAAACUCAUUGUUUCCUCAAAAUGAUUAUUGCAGCAUGUCUAAAUAUGAUCUAUUAGAAGAAAGUUUAAACAAUAACAAUUGCACUAAUAACAUUCAAAAAUCUUCAACAAACAUAAAAACAACUGAAGUAGAAAUACCAACUAUUGCAAUUGUCAAUACAUCACACAUUUCUAUAACAGCAACUUCAAAUUUGAUGUCAAUAAAAAAAGAUGUUAAAAGAACUUCUACUGUAGAUAUGACAAAUUAAUAAAAUAGACUGAAAAGUUGACUACAAUUUCACAGAAUGAUUACGACAAUCAUAUUAUGUAAAAAAAUUCAAACUU